GCGUCUUCCAGUUCUCUCUCUCUCUCUCUCUUCGGUUGCGUUCGUCGGGUAUUCCCUUCUUCCGCGGUCGAGUCUGAGCAUCAAAAGCUGCUUCGUCGCCAGAAGGAUAUAUGGACAACCAACAAGACUUGAAGAAGUGGGAACUGAAGGUAGCCGUCCACUGUGACGGAUGCGCAAGGAAAGUGAGGAAGGUUUUGCAACGCAUUGAUGGGGUAUACAGGGUGAGCGUGGAUUCUGCAAAGCAGAAGGUGACGGUCGAGGGCGAUAGCAAAUUGAAUCCUGAUGUCCUCGUCAAGAAGUUGGCGAAGACAGGCAAGCCUGUCGAGUUGCUGCCGGAGGUCGACCCGAAGCAGAAGCCUUCUUCCGAUGAGAACAAGGCAGAGCCGUCCCCGCAGAAGGAUGGUGGCGACAAAGAAGAGAAGAAGAAAAAGCCAGAAGAUGCAGGAAGCGAGCAGAAAGGAAAGAAUACAGAGAAGGAUAAGGAUGGUUCUGCCUCCGUAACCGGCGACACCACUGCUUGUGAUGUUGUUCAAUCAGCCAAGGACGGUGGCUAUGUUACGGAGAUUAGGCAGGAUUUGAGCCACCCUCCUCCACCAGAGAGCCUUGGUUUCUACCCUUUCAAUCCCAGUGUGGUUCAAUACACGGUACACUAUCACACGGUCGAUCCAUAUGCGGUGCACCCUUACAGGCCAGGUCAAGCGUUUUGCUGCGAGAUGCCGGGCCAUUGCCCGCCACCUGCCUACCCUCCGGCAAAUCUUCAUUUUAAUACCGACAUGUUCAACGACGAGAACACCGGCAGUUGCACGUUGAUGUAAGGGAAGCUAGCCGUCCAGUCUGGUUGGUUGUUCUUAUCCUUUUGUCAGUAAGACUAGUUCUUGUAGACCAAAAUGCAAUGUCUCUCUUUUAUUUAGAA